AUGACAUUGGAGACGGCGAUAAAUACUCCACGAGUUUGGGCUCAGUUGUACGGUGAUGCUCGUUUUGAAAUUGAUCUGCCAUUUAAGCUGAUUGAUGCGAUAAAAGCGCGAGGUCAUGUAGAUUUGCAACCGAUCCGAACAUUGGCUGCUGUCCAUGGAAUUUCCAGGGUUACGGAAAAUAGUGGAAUUCAGCUUUCGGCAAUAUGCGAUCAACGUGCCGAAAAUUGCUAUAGUGAUGGUUUG